AUGGAGAAGAUAUAUCCUACUGAAGAAUCUCGACCACACUACAUUUGCAUUGAUAAAGCUUGUCGAGUACUUCGGACUGCUAUUGCAAAUGGAAGUUGGAAUAGAUGGAAGAAAACAACCCGUUUCAUUGUCGACUCUUAUCAUUACAUCAAUCAUCACACCUUGGACUAUCUGUGCUGCAAAUGGUGUAACCCUGGUCCGCUAAAUGGUUCAGCUCCAAAUCUGGUCAAUGUGGCUUAUGAUAAGAACAACCGACCAUACUUUCAACAUGCAUUCAAUACACAGGCAUGCGAGCAAUUGAAUUCUUGGCUAGGAGGUUUUGAGUCAAUUCUCAAAUGA